AGCUUCUUGGCUCAAAAACACUUGGUGAGGCAGGUGUUCGGCAGUGGCGACUCUCCAGUCAUGGCUUUCAGGCGUCGCGCGCUGGCUUCUGCCGUGAUCUUGGCCUUUGCGGCAGCGACCGCUUUCAUUGCUACGCCUGGCGUGGUGGGUUCACCCAAGGUGGCCUCUCCCCCCCGCGCGUCAGAGCCCCGAAGCUCCAGCUGGAGCUCCGCUGGCUUCGUGGCCGUGUGUGUCGUCGCAGCAGGAGGAAGUCUUCGAACCCGGCGAGUCCGAAGCCAGGCUUUGGCCAAGUCGGUCAGCAAUGAUAUGCCGCCGCAAGUGCCGGAAGUGCUGGAGGCCCCCGAAGAGCCCAUCGUCAUGGAGACGGUGGAGGUGUGCUCCCGCGCGCAGCUGGUCCGCGGCGCCGGCGCCGCCGCGGCCUUGGCCGCGGCCAGCUCGGCCAACGCGGCUAUCUCACCCGAGUGGAUUCAGUACGACUUGAACACGGGCGAGACUUUGUACGACAUCGACUUCGACCCGCAAGAUCCCAACCACGGCUUCAUCGUGGGCGCCCGAGCCUUGUUUUAUGAGACGAAGGAUGGCGGUGAGCGAUGGGUAUCCCGCUCUUUCGCCAACUUGGGCAAGGGCCAGGACAUCAGCUAUCGAUUCCAGACAGUCUCUGUGAACGGCAACGAGGUGUGGAUCGUGGGCAAGCCGCCUUUGCUGCUCCACUCGAAGGAUGGUGGCAAGAGCUGGAAGAAGGUGCCGCUUUCUCGUAAGCUGCCCGGUGAGCCAAAGGUCAUCGUCUCGUUGGGGGAUGGCAAGGCGGAGCUCGCGACCUCCAGUGGUGCCAUCUAUACCACCGAAAACGAUGGAAAGUCCUGGGCAUCGAAGGUCGACGAGACCAUUGAUGCCACGCUGAACCGAGUGUCAGCCAGCGGCGUCUCCGGUGCAAGCUACUUCACGGGUAGCGUGAAGUCCAUCAAGCGCACACCCGAUGGCAGAUACUUGGCAGUGGCCCAGCGUGGGAACUUCUACUUGACCUUCACCCCAGGAGACAACCGUUGGCUGCCUCACAACCGCAUCUCCUCUCGGCGUAUCCAGGGCAUGGGCUUCCGGGAGCCCGCCAACGGCGCUGAGAUGCAGGGCGCAUGGAUGAGCCUGAACGGUGGCGUUCUGACAACUUGCGAGAAGCCCAAUUUCGUUGAGCUCGGCUCCGACACAAAGGAACUCUUUCAGCUGUCCAAGAUCCGGUCAGGCGGCAUCGGCAUCAUUGACAUUGGCUUCCGUACCCCCACAGAGGCAUACGCCACUGGCGGCAGUGGCGUGAUCUACUUCUCCAAGGAUGGCGGAAAAACGUGGGCCUUUGACCCCUCCGCCAAGGACUUGCCAUGCAACCUUUACAGCGUGAAGUUCUUCCAGAACGGCAAGGUGGGGUACAUGGUGGGCUCUUCCGGCAUCCUUCUUCGCCGGACCUUCGCAGUCUGAGAGCCCGAGCCGUAGGGCCGAUUGGGCAACAAAAAGGCCCACGCGUUGCGGCAAGGUUUCCAGGGACCCUUGAAGAGGUGGACCCCAAAUGUAGCCUCACCAUUUGUUUUGCUUGCGCCAGCAUUGUUGGACAAGGUGAGAGCCGUAUGGCCGGCCCAGCGGUUUGCAUGCCUCCGCCCUUCGGAACUCCGAGCAUGGGCAUCGUGCCCAUAAGAUUGCGGGGAGGUCGGAAGCCGAAGAGUGAGC